UGCUCAUUUAAAAAGAAACAUUCCUGUUUUCGUAUUAUACAAAAAAUAAAUAUCGAGUGAUAACUGACUCGCUUAUAAUUGGUAACUGUGCAUGCACUCUUUAUACAUCGAACGGUUUGUAUGUGUGAGGCAAAAUAAACAAUUUCAAGUUUGUUCCCGAUGUACCGAAUAGAAAGCCUUCUUUUUAUUUUCUAAAUAGUGAUAUCAACUUGCACUCUGAUACUGUGCCCCAUUAUACGUUGUCUAAAAACCGACAUUUUAUUAUUUAAAACAAUACUUUAUUAUUUCUCAUGUCCAUUUUGAUUGCAGUUUCCUUGAUAUCUACGCUACUCACCCGACUAUAAAUCAAUCUCAGAUACUGUUAAAUAUAGCAAUGUAUGAACAUUCAUCUAAGAAAUCAAUAUGUGUAAUACAAGAUACAAGUGCUUGCUUAUUAUUUUUGAUGCGGACUAUUGCUGUAACGCAGACAUCACCGUACUCUUGGUGGGACAGACCGGACAUGGAAAAAGCGCCACUGGAAACAGCAUUCUGGGCAAGAAGGCUUUCGUGUCUAAGUUAUCGCCUGGAUCCGUCACAGGCGCAAUCGAACGAGCGGUUGCUGUACGGAAUGGGCGUCGAAUAGAAAUUGUUGAUAGUCCUGGAUUUGCUGAUACAUCUAAAGGAAAAGAGUUUGUAAGGAAGAGUCUAACACAAGCUGUAUACCAGACGCUACCUGGCUUUAACGCAAUUAUAUUCGUCUUGUAUCCAGAUAGGUUCACUGAUGAACUGGUCAAAACGGUGAAUCUUUUCUUUGAGUUCUUCGGAUAAGGUGUUGAGAAAUUUGCAUUUAUUUUGUUCACACAUAUUAAAUCAAAAGAGAAAAUGAAUGAAUAUAUAAACAAUGCUGCAGAAAAUCCAACGGGCAACGUAUCGGUACUGUUGGAUCUAAUAGAAAAGUGCGAGAGCAGGGUUUUGUACAUCGACAACGAAAUGGAGAACGAAAAGAUUCAAGUAAUGAUUGACGAUAUUAUAAGUACAAUAGAUGCCAACACAGUUCGCAUAGGACAAGACUAUUUCACUAACCAAAUGUUUCAGGCGGCAAUGAAAUAUGCAGACCAGGUCCUUGCAAAUGUUGACAUUAGCAAGAUUAAAAGGCAGCUAAGUGGAAGUUCAAAUACAAUAGAAGAAACUAAAAACAUGAAUAUACCUGAGCCAGCUGACACUACUGAGACGGCGAUCAAAGCCAGUACAGAUGAAAACGAACAGAAAGUGCGUCGCCUGCGCCAAAAGUUUGAAUCGAAUGCAGCAGAAACGGGGAUGUUGAGUCGAGAACGUCUUAAUACUGAGACUUGGAAAAGUACAGGAAACUUGCGAAAACGAUUCAGUACAGCUUCAUUUGAGGAAGUGGGUAAAGCUAUCGAAGCAAAGGAUGAACCACAGCCGAAUAAUGACUAUCGGAUGUCAGUUGGAACAUCAUCGCGUGAUGAUGAAUCGCUUAAAAAAGAAAACAGUUCGGAAAAUGAAACCACACCUCGAUCUAGACGACGCUUUCAUCAAAGUCUGAACAUGAAACUACAAGACGGCUGGCAACGUGCAAAUCGAGACAAAGAAGUCGUAAAUUCGAGUGACUUCGAGCCAUAUGAUGCUGAACCACUUGAAGUCCCUGGCCGGAAAUACGAUCAAUUUAAGGACGACCUCCAGGCAAAUAAUAUAUCAUUCGACAGAGCAUUUAAUGCCAUUGAAAAUUGGUUCGAUCGUCGAAUUAAAAAAUUAUCAAACUUUUUUUAACAUGCGAACAUAAAGUUGUAUACUUUGUUGGGUGAUUUUUUGAUAUAGCUCCGUUAAAAUGUAUUCAAAGGAAACGAGAACAAACAAUAUACAUUUCUUAAUUGCCCCAUUAUAUAUAUGAAUUAAUAACUUUUUAAUUUGCAAAUUUUGACUACAAUAUAUACGAAGAAUAGGCAUAAUAUAAUUAUAUUAACUAAUAAACGGACUGUAUAACG